AUGUCAGACGAGGCAGGAUCGUCCACGAUACAUUCCGAAGCCCCAGAAAGACCCUUGCCAUCUACACCAUUCUAUUCUAUCGAGUAUCCGGGUUAUGUCAAACCCGAAUCUGUUCCGCUGGCCGUGAGUAACCUCGGAGGACCUUCACGCCUUGAAACCGCGUUCAAGCGCACCGCGGCCAAGAAUGAGGCGCUUCUUGAGCUCAAUCUACGACCAGGAAAUCCAUUUGCUCACCCAAUACCGGGCGAUAUAGUCGGCACCAGCAAUAUUCUGUUGAAGGUCGUGAGGCGGAAACGAAGGCAACCAGACGGAGAAUGUAUUGGAGAGUUCACCGCGGAUGCAGUGGGCAUCGUCCCGAAGACAGCACGGUUUCGCAGUAUGGCGGAUUAUCAGUUUCAGCCCGAUAUGAAUGAUCCCCUGGCCCAGCUGCGUCUUGCAAUGGAUCGGAUGGACGUCGAUGCAAUCCGACAAUAUUCGAUUCCGGAGGAAAAGGAGGACUAUGUGGUUCCACCAUCCAUCCAUCCACCCGAGCUGGAUCCAGCAUUGGCAGAACAAAGCGAGAAAUCUUCAGGACCUCGCAGCAACUUGCGAUUGUUUCCCCCUCCGUUGUUCAGCCGUCAGAACGUACCGCAAAACUACAACUUCAAGGCAAACCCUGCUUCGAUCGUAACGUCCCUCAUCAAUGAAGAAACUGGUGAAGAGCGCAAGAGACUCAUCAACAAGGGUCGAUGGAAAGGCCAUGGACCAAUGACUAUCGCUUUCAGUGAUCCCAAUCAACAGGUUCCUGAGGGCCCUCCUCCGACAGUUGACAAUGCACGCGCUCAAGCCAAUAGCGAACUAUUGAAUCGGAUACUGGAAUUCAUGAAUGAACGUCCUGUGUGGACUCGCGCUGCCCUUUACAACCAAUUUUCACCUGCAGAAUCGAGAGAAAUUCACAAUUCGAAAGUCAUCAUGCCUUUGGCUGGAUAUAUGUUCUCAGAUGGACCAUGGCGAGAUGCAAUGAUCCGAUUUAAAUACGACCCCCGGAAAGAAUUGGAUGCUCGAAUAUAUCAGCGGAUAUAUUUCCGGAAUGCCAACCACCCUGUGGCACGGCCUUCCGUUGUAGCGCGCAGACAAGAGGGCAGAUCGGCUGCCACAUACAUCAAUAGGUCCAUCGAGCAAGAGGAAUCGUUCGAGGCUGAUCGGCGUAAAUCACACAUAUUUGACGGGUCCACUCUCACUAAAGAGACGGCCGCGUUCCAAUUAUGCGAUAUCCACGACCCUAUGUUGAAGGAGAUGAUAGAAGAUGAUGAAAACCUUCGGGAAGUCUGCGACGAACGAGAUGGAUGGUACAGCGCACAGGCACUGGAGAGAAUCAAGACUGUCCUCCGUCACAAGUUUUUCUCACUACUGCAAGGGUACGUAGCAACACAGGAGGAAUGUGAAGCCCUCCUGGAACAAGAUGCCGCCGGAAAGUCACAAACCACUCGUAUCAAGCGGCUUAAAUUCGGUAAACAUAACAUGGCGAAAGGGGCUUUGCGACCCGAAGAUGCAGCGGCUGCAAGACUGCAAGCCACUCUUGAUCGGAACGCGAGAAACCUCCAAGCGAGUCGACGGGAGAUGCAUGGCGGUCGAAGCUCGCAGGCAGCAGACAAUUCGCGAUAA